AUGCAGGAGGGGCUGCAGAUCAGCCUGUUGGAAAAGAUAGAAGGGGAACCCAUCUGGAAGGCCUUGGUGAGACCAGAAGACGUGAUGGUCUGUGUUUCAUCUGCCCAAAUGCAGACAGAAGAACAUUUCAUCGACCAGCACCGAGAACAGCUGAUCCAACGGGUGCGCCGGGUGGACGGCUUGCUGGAUAAACUGUACAACACCGUGCUGGACAACGAGCAGUACCAGAGCAUCCGAGCGGAGAGAACGGACCCGGAGAAAAUGCGGAAGCUCUUCGACCUGCUCCCGAGUUGGAACCGGGCCUGCAAGGACCAGCUCUACCAGGUGCUGGAGGCCAAGCAGAAAUUCCUCAUCCAGGAGCUCAAGGGGACAUAA